AAAGAAAAGACUCUCUCUCCCUCUCACUCACAUAUUUUCUUUCUCUCUCUUCUAUGUGUGUCUUUAUCUUUCUAGCUUGGUGAUAGUAGCAGUAGCUCCUGGGGGUGGUGGUGGUGGUGGUGGUGUUGUGUUUUGUUGUGAUCUAUUAAAGUUAGAUAUUUAUGCUACAUUUUGAUGUUUAUGCUUAGUACCCAAUUGGUGAAAUUGGUCUAGCUAGCAUUUGAUGCUCCCGUCAGAGACACCCCAGUAAAGGGAACUCUGCUAAAUUCUGUCUCUUUCAGUCAUCGCAGGAUUUGAGUAGAAUUUGAUGCCCUUGGUCGUGCCUUGUUCUUGGAUUCUCAUCCCAGAAUUUAAUUGCAAGAGUUUCAACAACCCCUCCUGUCCUAUCUUUUAAAUCAAAGAAAAAAAAAAGAAAAGAUAGAUACUUUGUUUUUGUUCACUCGUGUUGGAGCUUCUUAAUUAGAAGGGUGUUUCCACUUUCAACCAAGCAAGAAAACACCACCAACAACAACACAGAACUCGUCUAGUGACAGUGCUAAUCUUGCUUAACACCGAUGUUUUUUUAUGGAAUGAGGGGUUUUAGAUGUUGUUGUGAGGACAGAGGAGAAAAGGGAAUCUGCUUUACUUGUAGUUUGAUGAGCUGUUAGCUAAUCUCACUGUCUAUGUCCGCUUUAUGCUCUGAAGACUGAAAGGUUCACUUUCUUGUCUGAGAGGAAGCAUUUUUUCCCCCUUUUACUGAGCAUUGAAGCAGUAGAUUUGAUCUUGGUUUAGGGUUUUUGAAGGAACAGGUAAAAAACGAAGCUGGUGACUGACUGGGAGAUUAUAUUCCAUUUACCUUUUCUUUUGUUUUUCAUUUAUCUAAGGCUACACAAUGAGGGUUUUCUUUUACUUUAACUUCCUCUCAGUCCUAUAAAGCUGCCAAGUUAUUUGUUCCUUGUUUAGUCCUGCAAGAUAUCUCUCGAGCCAACUUAGUCAAAAUUCACUUUACCCUUUAAUCAUAUGCUAUUGUUUAUUUCUAGAUGCAGCUCUGAUGUGAUGAAACUGUUUGAGUCUGAUUGAUUGGUGAAUUAUAUAUAAAUAGGUUACUUUCUCGGUUGUGACUGUUUAGGGACUGUCGAGUUUGUUCAGAUGGGGGGUCAGGAAAAUGCCAUGGGGUUUCAACACGGAAAUGAGAACAUUCUGACUUGUCCAUCUUCAGGUCUCAGUGUUGCCAAUGUUAAUGUUUCAGAAAUGGCUAUUAGUUCCGUGUCUAUGGCCAAGCCUUCUGAUGUUGCUAACCCUUUUCUUGCUUCUUCCGCUUGGGAUCCACUUGUUUCCUUGAGUCAGGCUCAAACUUUUGGAGGCUCCUCAAUGGUUUCUCAUACCGACUUUGCCAAUGCCAACUCUUCUUACCCUCUUGUUCUGGAAAACCAAGGAAUUACCAACACUUCCCACCUUGUUCAAUACAUGUCUGACUCAAAUCUAGGGGGCAUGGUCCCCAAGGUUCACUCCUAUGCAAGCAGGGGCUUCUCAGAAAUGGUUGGUGCUGCCUCUUUUGUCCAGCAUGGGUCUGCUGAUGUGGCUAACUCAGGGUACCCACCACAUUAUAAUCCGAUCAAGGACACUCAGAUUAAUGGUGAACAAUCUCAGGUUGAGGAUUCAAUUCCUGAAGAGGAAGCACCAGGAUCUGGUCCUAGUGGGAAUAGAAGAAAGAGAGGGCUUGAUCAUAAUUCUACCUUCAGCCCAAAUAAGAAUGCUGAGAGUGAAACUGUGAAAGAUUCUCCGGGGAGGGCCUGUGAUGGUCCAAAAGAACAUGAAAAGAAGCCAAAAGUUGAGCAGAACAACAGUGCAGAUUUGCGUGGCAAGCAAUCAGCGAAGCAAGCUAAGGACAACAGUUCUCAAAGUGGAGAAGCUCCUAAAGAAAACUUCAUUCACGUGAGAGCUAGAAGAGGACAAGCCACAAACAGCCACAGUCUUGCAGAAAGAGUGAGAAGAGAAAAGAUUAGUGAGCGAAUGAGGCUGCUUCAAGAACUUGUUCCUGGUUGCAACAAGAUAACUGGCAAAGCCGUAAUGCUGGAUGAGAUAAUAAACUACGUGCAAUCACUUCAGCAACAGGUUGAGUUUUUGUCCAUGAAACUUGCCACAGUGAACCCAGAACUAAACUUUGAUGUAGACAGGAUUAUAUCCAAGGAUAUUCUUCAAUCACGCAUAGGACAUGGAAUUAGUGCAUAUGGUCCUGGUAUCAAUUCCUCUCACACAUUCCCCAGUGGAAAUUUCCAUGGAACAUUGGCUGGCAUGCCUAGUACAUCAUCACAAUUCCCUCCUUUGCCCCAGAAUGUUUUGGACCAUGAGUUCCAAAGCUUCUAUGGAAUUGGAUACGAUUCUAAUACAGCACUUGACAACUUGGGACCCAAUGGGCGGUUGAAAACAGAGUUAUAGUGUGUGGAUUCUUAUAUAGCCAUGUUACUACUACAACAACAACAACAAAGACUUUGGAAUUUUCUUGUUGACUGCACAAUUUAACUGAAGGUUGAAAAUGGGGGAACAAUAGAGAGAAAGAAAAUAAAGGGUUUAGCUGUAUAGGGUCCUUAAUACCUAACUGUUGGCUCUUCGAAGUUUUAGCAGAAGAUGACUUGUUAGAUUUAUGAAUUGGAAAAUGAGUUGCACAUUAUAAUGUGUGAAAUCUAGAUGAUGUAGAACAAGUUGCAAUCAAUGGUCUUGUUUAAUGGCAUGGAGAGCAGUGUUUUGAGGAGCAUGCUAGUAAAGUGUGUGCAACUAUCAUUACUUUUGUUGAAUUACUAUUAUUAUUAUUAUUAUUAUUAUGUAUAGAGUUGCCAGGUUCAGAUUUUUGAAGCACAUUGUUUUCAAGUUUCAACAGUGUUGCAAGGGUUUAUGGUGUUCUUAUGUUUUUCUUUUCAAAAGAAAAUGUAACUAAUGAGAGAAGCUUCUUAGUGCAUGCAUCUAUUUGCAAGGGUGAAAAUGUUGCAACUUGUAUGAUGGUGGUGAGAGAUUGUUUAUGUAGAUCAGUGCUUCAAAUAUUGGUGUUUCUUUUUUUUCA